GCCGCGGCGGGAUGAGCGGCCACCAGCCCAGCCGCCACCUGAACGGUUUCAGCAAUGAAGCAUCCUGCAAAAAACGAGAGGAUUAUUUGGAAUGGCCUGAAUAUUUUAUGGCAGUAGCUUUUUUAUCAGCACAAAGAAGCAAGGAUCCAAGUUCUCAGGUUGGUGCCUGCAUUGUAAAUUCAGAAAACAAGAUUGUUGGAAUUGGAUACAAUGGGAUGCCUAAUGGCUGCAGCGAUGAUGUACUUCCCUGGACGAGAACAGCAGCACAUAGACUAGACACAAAAUAUCCUUAUGUGUGCCAUGCCGAAUUGAAUGCCAUUAUGAACAAAAACUCAGCUGAUGUGAAAGGCUGCAGCAUGUAUGUUGCCUUAUUUCCAUGUAAUGAAUGUGCAAAGCUCAUCAUCCAGGCAGGCAUAAAGGAAGUUAUUUUUAUGUCUGACAAGUAUCAUGACACUACAGAAAUGACAGCUGCACGGCGGAUGUUUGAUUUAGCAGGUAUUAUAUACAGGGAAUUCAAGCCAAAGUGUAACAAGAUUGUCAUCGACUUUGAUUCAAUUAACAGCAGACCAAGUCAAAAGCUUCUGUGAAUUAAGUCUCAUUAAGUCUCUGGAAGACUGUGAUUAUCCUUUUUUAAAAAGAUGCUAAUUCCUUUCAUCUUGAAGUUACUUGCAACUUUUUUAUGGCUUCUGUAGCUAAAGUAGACUUCUAAGAAAUUCAAGGCAUAAAAUGUCCCCCUCACUUCAUCUUGUCAUGUGGAAUCUAAAUCUACUUAAAAUUUUUGAAUGCCUUUGUCAAAACUGCUUAAAAAGUCUAGAGACAUGUAGAUGAGACAAUACAAUGUGUGUGAAGAAAACUGUUCUGAUUCUUGCUGUAUUCAUCACCAUGUGCUCUGAUAGGCUGUCAGCAUUGAUUUAGACUCAGUUUAACAGUAGUACUUACUGUAACCAGUAGUACAGUGGAAUACGCUAAUACAUGUUGAUCUCUAUUGGAUAUGUGAACCUAAAUAGUUGAUCCUAAUAAAGAGCAAAAAAUGUUAUCCAUGCAAAUACUAAUCUUCCAAGUAGCAUAACACUAAUAUUUUAAAAGGUUAUGCAGUUUAAAGAAUGUGUGAUAUUCUGCAUGUGUUAUCCAACAAAUGAAAUACCAAUUUUUUCAUUUAAUUGCUGUCUAACAUUGUCAUACAUGGGGAGGGGUGAGAGAGGAAGUGUUCUGAGAAUGGUCUGUGUUGGACGGAGCUUUACAGGUGCUUUCAAGUCCUUGUUUUCCCCAAGACUCCAGAAUUGCAGGGGGUUCAGGGAGUAAAUCAUUUGGCUCUUUACC